AUUCAAUCUAUGGUUUGUGCCUUCUCUCAAAUUGGCGUGCUUUAAAAAUAUAACUUGUUUCUCUAUGACUUUUUGAUGGUGUUUUGCUAUGAUGGCUGUAAAAUAAUGUUGUGUUUAAUUUUUAAAAUGUAGUUGGAACCGAGUUCAGUAAAUAAUUUUUUAGUAUUUCGGACUCUCUUUUACUAGGUUUCUUGUCAAAAUGACUACGGACAUGAAAGAUUUGUGUAGAUUAUGUGCUAAGAAAGAUGGGUUUUUGAAAGACCUAUUGGAUAAAGAUAAAAAAAAUAUUCUGAAAAUAUUGCAAGAUUUCAUUCAAAUUGUUGUAUAUGAAAAUGAUGUUUUACCAACAAAAAUAUGUAUGAAUUGUGAAGUCAAAAUGCAGUCCAUUGAAUUGUUUAUUUUGGAAUGUUUCAAAGCCCAGGAAACAUUAAAAAAGAUGCACGAAGAAGUUGUGGAUCAAAUCAAACGUGAAUGUCCACAGGCCCCUAUGGACUUUAACGUCCAAAUAAAAUCUGAGGUCAAAGAUGAAGUUUCUGCUGAAGAUAUUGUAUGUGCAUUGAACAAUGACACAUCACUAUCCAUGAUUGACGUCUUCCCAGACGGACAAAGUGUUGAUGAUGAAGUAGACAUGCAUAAUGAUGAUGAUGAUUAUCUUGAUGAUAUUGCUAUAGCAUCAUUGAAACCAGUUAAACGUCACCGGGAAAAAAGAAAAGAAAUGACAGAAAAAGAAACAGAAGAGUUCAAUAAUAUUCUUAAAAAGCCUUGUCUAAAAGUGAAAGAUUUUGUUAAAUUGCAGUGUGACUUAUGUGGAGAAAAAAUAAAGACAUGGAGCGGACUAAGAGUACAUUUUUUAAACGAGCAUAACCAUGAGCCAUAUGUUUACUGCCUGUGUGGCUUUGCAGUAAAAUCUAAGAGUGUGCUUUACAAACAUGUAUCAGAUCACAAAAUAGAGAGUAGGAAAGUAAGAAAGAAUUCAGAAGAAACUGAUGAUGAGGAAGGAAAAAAGAAUUUAAAAUAUGAUAACUUAAAUGUGAAAGAUUUUAUAAGAUUUAUAUGUUCUCAUUGUGAACAGGAGUUUGCGAGUUGGUACAGACUGAAAGAGCACUCCGAAAAAAAACAUAAAGUGUCACCUAUAGUGACUUGUAUCUGUGGCAUUACAUUAAAAUCUAAGUCUGUUAUGUACAAGCAUGUACAAGACCACAGAAAUCCCAAUUUACUCUCCUGUGAUAAGUGCCCUCGUGUAACGAAGACAUUAGCUGCCUUAAAUAAACAUAAGAUGCGACACAUACCUAAGUCAGAGAGGAGGUUCUGUUGUGCAUCAUGUGAAAAAAUAUUCUACACAAAAGAAGGAUUGAAAUCUCACGAAAGAUCCCACAUACCAAUAGAGGAGCGUAAAAUAUAUCGGUGUGAUAUAUGUAACAUGAAGUUUACGACUCGUUCAUCGGCAGCGUCUCACAAGCGUGUGGUGCACGACAAGAUCAAAGGCUACGUGUGCGACCUGUGCGGGUAUGCGUGCGGUACUAAUGGCGAGCUGCGCCAGCACCGCGCUAUACACAGCGAUGACAAGCCGUUCGUCUGCAGGAAAUGCUCUAAAUCUUUUAAGACUUAUUCAAACCUGAAGACGCAUUUGGACACUCAUGAAGACACGUCGUAUGAAUGCUACAUCUGUAGGCGAGUGCUGAACAGUAGGCGUACUCUGCGCAAACAUUUGUUAGUACAUGAAGACAAGUGUAGGCAUGUUUGUUCCUACUGCAACAAAGCGUUCAAGAGGAGACAGACUUUAAAGGUCCACAUGUACACACACACGGGUGACAAGCCACUUUCAUGCAAAUGGUGCGACGAACGGUUCUCAUACGCAUCAACGUUGCGCUCACACCGCUUGCGUUGUCACCCGGAUAAGAUGGCCCCGUUACCUGCGCACGAAACUUAUCCUACCUAUGGUCAAAUUAGUAUGCAAGAGAACUAUAUCAAAGAUGUGCCACCUGUAAAUGUACCGGUGCCGAAGAAUGAAGUGGAGGCUAUGUAGUAAAACAUUAAAUAAUAAUCUAAAGAGGACUGUUUGCAAAUUAAACUUUUGUAGAAAAUAUAGGUUUAAUACUGUGUAGUUAUUAUUAGGGUUAGUGGAAUAAAUAUUUGUAUUGCAUACAACAAUCAGGUUUUUGUUGGAUUAAAAUAAUAUUUUAUAGUUGGCAAAUUAUUUAUAGUUGUUUCAACUAGCAAUUUGAAAUGUAAUAUUUCUUAUUUUAUACUUCUAGCGUUGUUAACCCAAGUUAGGUAUUUAUAGACUUUACUGAUUUCAAAGCAAUUUUAAUACUUCUCUAAGUAGGUACUUCUUUAUGCAUAUUUAGCCUAUAAUUAAACUUCGUUAGACAUUUGUAGUUUAUGAAGUACUUACUUAUGAUAACUUUUGUGCAUUGAGAACAUUUUGUUAUCUAUAGAGAGCCGUGAAAAAGAUAUAAAUAAAUAAUUACAAAUAAUGUUGUAUUGUUUAUCGAGUUUUUUAAGCGAAUAAAUUGGAAAUAUUGAUUUGAAGUAUGUAUGUUUAAGUGCAGCUAAUAAAUGG